AUUUUAUUUAAUUAAAUAAUUAAUUUCUAAUUUGUAAUAAUAUUUCCCCCCCGGCCUCUGACUGAAAGUCGAUAUUGGCUAUAGUUCUUCGAUCCCAACAAAUAGAGCAUAUAUUCAUCGAAUAAUAACAAAAUUAUCAUCAUAUCUUAAUUAAUUUAUUAGAUCGAUCUAUAGAAGAAGAGAUCGAAAUGUCCGGCGGGGUUGGGCCAUGCAGCGACAUACGUCUCCCCAAGGAAGAGACGGUAACGACGGACGACACUAGCAGCAGCGGCAACCGGGGAAAUAAUAAUGAUAUAAAUUCUGUUUCGAAGCGGCCGCUGCCACGUCACGGCGGCAGGGGGUCGUUCACGUUUCGGCAGCUGAAUGCCCUGGCCGUGAUGGUCGUCCUCUCGGCCAGCGGGAUGGUGAGCAUGGAAGAUUUCGCGUUUGUGCUGUUCUCCAUUGUGUAUAUCUAUUUCAUCUCCAAGGUGGCGUUCCCCCGUUCAACGCCGCCUUUGGAGGAUCCGGUGUUCGACCAAACUAACCGGACCCUCGGCCUCUACGUCUUCGCUGGAGCUGCCAUCGGCUUGUUUCUCCCCAUCGCCUAUGUUUUUGAAGGUAUAUUUGAAGGAGACAAGGAGGGGAUCAAGGCGGCAGCGCCGCACGUCUUCCUAUUGGCGAGCCAGGUGUUCAUGGAGGGGGUGGCCAUGACGGACCGGUUCUCGAUACCGGUCCGGGUUUUCGUUCCGGUGCUGUACAACUCCCGGAGGAUUUUCACCUUGGUGGAGUGGCUGAGGAGCGAGAUUGUAGCUAAGGCUGAGGAGGAGCAGAGAGGGAGCGGUCGGAGAUUGUACGUCGGGAGAGUUCUCGCGGUGGCGAAUAUGGCCUUUUGGAGCUUCAACUUGUUUUGUUUCUUGCUCCCCGUUUACCUGCCCAAGGCCUUCAAGCUUUACUAUUCUUCAAACCCUAAGCAUGCUUGAUUGUCUUACUAUUCUAUAAGGCAACACCGACUAAUCAUAAUAAUUGACUAUAUAUGUUGAUGGGAUGGUAAUUAAUAAACGUCGAGUUCCCCCCUGUUAUAUGGUGGAUUGUAGUGUACAAAUUAAAAGUAUUUGAGUACUUUGGAG